AUGCGCAGGCUCAGCGGCCAUGGCCCACGGGGCCAGCCGCUCCGCGGCACGCGGGAUCCUCCCGGACCGGGGCACGAACCCGCGCCCCCCGCAUCGGCAGGCGGACUCCCAUCCACCGCGCCACCAGGGAAGCCCUGCUGUGCCUGCUUCUCUUCAGUGAUCUUAAAUAAUCAUGAGGGCAGGGUCAGAGGCUGGACAAAACUGUGCCUGUGGCUGGCUGGUGGCUCCCCUGAGACCAGUUGUGCUCAUGUCCUCCAUCAGUUCACAACAGGAGGCACAUCCCAUUGGGGCCAGACUGUAGGAAGGCUGCUGCGAAGGCUGCAACUUCGUGGCCUGCGGCCGGUCCCGCAAGAGAUGGCCCCAGGGGCGCCCGCACUGCUGCUGCUGUCGCUGCUGUCACUGCCGGGUCUCCCGCCUCGCGCUGCCGCCUGCCCUGCGGCCUGCCGCUGCUACAGCGCCACGGUGGAGUGCGGCGCCCUGCGGCUGCGCCUGGUCCCGUCCGGAAUCCCGCCCGGGACGCAGACGCUGUUCCUGCAGGACAACAGCAUCGCGCGCCUGGAGCCGGGCACCCUGGCACCCCUCGCCUCCCUGCGUCGACUCUACCUGCACAACAACAGCCUGCGCGCCCUGGAGCCAGGCGCCUUCCGUGCGCAGUCGCGCCUGCUGGAGCUGGCGCUCACCAGCAACCAGCUGCGCGGCUUGCGCGUUGGCGCUUUUGCCGGCCUGGCCCAACUGCGCGUGCUCUACCUAGCUGGCAACCAGCUGGUACAGCUGCUGGAUUUCACCUUCCUACACUUGCAGCGACUGCAGGAGCUGCACCUGCAGGAAAACAGCAUCGAGCUGCUGGAGGACCAGGCCCUGGCCGGGCUCUCCUCGCUGGCACUGCUGGACCUCAGCAGGAACCAGCUGGGCACCAUCAGCCAGGAGGCCCUACAGCCCCUGGCCAGCCUGCAGGUCCUGCGCCUCACAGAGAACCCAUGGCGCUGUGACUGUGCCUUGCACUGGCUGGGAACCUGGAUCAAGGAAGGGGGCCAGCGACUGCUCAGCUCCAGAGACAAGAAAAUCACGUGUGCAGAGCCCCCCCGCCUGGCACUUCAGAGUCUCCUGGAAGUAUCUGGCAGUAGCCUCAUCUGCAUCCCACCCUCUGUGCACGUGGAGCCGCUGGAGGUGACAGCCAACCUGGGUGAGGACCUGCGGAUUGCCUGCCAGGCUUCCGGCUACCCGCAGCCCCUGGUGACCUGGAGAAAAGUGGCGCAGCCUCGCGAGGGGCCGCCGCAGGCCCAGGCCCAACCUGGAGGCGGGGUGCCGGGCCCAGGUGGGCCCGGGGCAUCCGACACGGGCAGCGGCAUGCUCUUCCUCACCAACAUCACCCUGGCCCACGCUGGCAAAUACGAGUGCGAGGCCUCCAACGCCGGCGGCGCCGCCCGCUUGCCCUUCCAGCUUCUGGUCAACCUGUCCCAGCAGCUGCUGCUGGCGCCUGCGCCGCCCCGGGCUGGCGACCCAGUCAGCCACGAGCACCUGCCCGAGGUGGGCGGCAUGGCCUUUCGCGCCCUGGGCCUGGCCACGCAGACGGCCAUCGCGACGGCCAUCGCGCUCCUGGCGCUCACGGCGCUGCUGCUGGCGACCAUGAUCUGCCGCAGGCGGCGCAGGCGCAAAAAGGCACCAGGGCCUCCCGGGGAGGGCGCACUCUUCGUCAACGAUUACUCGGACGGGCCCUGCACCUUCGCGCAGCUCGAGGAGCUCCGCGACGAGCGGGGCCACGAGAUGUUCGUCAUCGACCGCUCCAAGCCGCUCUUCGCCGAGGGCCCGGCGGAGGCGGCCGAGGGCGCAGCGCCCGGAGUCGCACAGGGUCUCCCGCUGCAGCCGCCUGCCGCCUACGAGAUCCGUUGCUGAGGGGGGGCGGGGCGGACGCGCGCUGAUGACGCGGGCCCCGCAGAUUGGCCGGCUCGGCUCGCCCUGCGCAUGCUCCAGCGCGAUCAGUAAAGGGUGGAAGCUGCG